AAUUGACAUGGAGACAAGUGUUAGAAAAGGGGCCUCAAGGCGAAAUAAAAUUUAUGUAUGCUGACUCCGAAGUUAUAACAGUGAGUGGAAACGGCCCAUUCAUUGUGCGAGGAUGGAACUUGGCUAACGGCUAUUCUCAUUUCGAGUGGAUAUCCUUCAACGAUGCAGAUGAACCGCAUGAGGACGUGUUAUGGACGUAUCAUCAUGGCAAACUGUACAAGGUUGUAAUGCUCGACUCACAACAGGUCGCUCGAAUCAUCUCAUAUAAUGUACGAUCUGGUGGACAGUUGGCUGCAUACACUAUCAACAUUCCUGGAUUCUCGAGGAAAUGCAAAGCGAUUGGCAUAAAUCUGGUAUGUCUGUCAGACAACGGAGAGCUGAAAGGCGUGACUGUCAUAAAUUCGCAGUUCUUCAACCUAGAUGUGAGCGCCGAGACCAAGGGGGCCAGCUGCAAGCUGCUUGACGUGGACAGCUCUGCCGAUUUGCCCGUGCUUGCCAUCGGCUGCAAACUGACCAAACUGCUAGUCGCCAUCAAGGACAACACCUUCAAAGCACUGUCAGAAACCGUUCCGAUAUCGGCUGGAGUGUCGGUCACCCAGCACGUUAGUGGAACUCAUCUCGUAGUUCUGUCCAAACAGGUUGAUGGGGUGAUCAAAGUGAGUGGAAAAGUUCUAGAAACAGAUCAGCCAGUCGAUGAUAUUCUGUCGAGUUUCGAAUCUACGUCGCCGCUAUCUGAUGUUGAGUCAUCCAACACAUUGUGCACCCUCAGGCGGGAUAGGAGUGUGUCAUGUCAAAUGCUGCUAUCAACUGUUGAUCACUCUAUACUACUCGCACAGACUUCAAGUAAGAUUUUAUGGUCGAGAGAAGAGGCAUUGGCGAACAUAAUUUCUGUUGAACUGGUUGAUUUGCCAGUUUCCGAUAUUGAAGCUGCCAUUGAAAAAGAAUUCGACAAUAAAGAAGCUCCUGUGGAUAUAGGGGUUCCAAGUGGCUUUGUAGGUAUGUUCGUUCGCCGCCUGAUGAGUCAGCUGUUGCAGUUGAAGUCGCUGCUGAUGUCUGUCGUGUCGUUGGGAGAGGCGGUCGAAAAAGACGGACUCGACGUCGAUCUAGUGCGCGAUGAAUUCGGCCUGCACAAACUGAUUGUUGCUGUUACGUCUGUCGGAAAGCUUUUCGGAAUUGACAAUAUAUCAGGAAAUAUUGUUUGGCAAAAAUACCUUGGUGAAAUGGAAACAUACUCGAGCAUUGAGAAGCCAGUUGUCUCAUUCUAUGUUCAACGCACCUCCCGGCAUCUGCCCCACCCUGCACAGUGUUUCAUCUUAGGCAAACAUAAGGAUUCUGAUGAAAGUAUGGUCUAUACUUUCAAUCCUAUUAAUGGCCAGCCUAUUGGCGAUGGUUUGCACAGGUUGGGCUACCGAGCUGUGCAGAGCCUUCUGUUGCAUUUCGUUGACGAGCAAUUCCUGAAAGGAGUGGUGCUUCUAGAUAGCAAGGGAGGUUUACACGUGCUGCCUCAGUCGCAGACCGGCCUAGUGGCAGAGCACGCCAAGUCCAUAUUCUUCUUCACUGCCAACUCGCAAAGUGGUCUGCUUGUUGGCUACACGCUAGCUCACACCACCUCGCAGAAACUAGUUGCUUCAGAAGUAUGGCGCAUCCAACUGUCCCACAAGAUAACAGGACUGAUGAGCAAGAGUCCAUUGGAGAAAGUGCACUCUCAGGGCAGAGUUCUCGGUGACAGGAGUGUACUCUACAAGUACAUCAAUCCCAAUCUGGUGGCUGUUAUGACGCAAGCAGAAGACCCCAUUCAUAAAAAUGUACUGAGCAUUUACCUGAUAGAUGUAGUGAGUGGAUCGAUUGUGUUCUCGAUAGUGCAUAAGCGAGCCACUGAACCGAUCCAUCUGGUGCACUCUGAGAAUUGGAUCGUCUACACUUAUUUCAGCGAUAAGAGCCGUCGCACUGAGAUCGGAGCGUUGGAGCUCUACGAAGGAAAAACUCAGAGCAAUACUACUGCUUUCUCGUCCGUGUCUGCGUCUGAUAACCCGAUUGUUGAGCGGCAAGCUUUCAUCUUGCCAGCCGGCAUAGAAGCCAUGAAAGAGACUAUCACAGAAAAAGGCAUCACCAGCAAGCAUAUUUUAGUCGGCUUGAACAGCGGUGGAAUCCUCGAAAUACCGUGGAUGUUCUUGGACCCGAGACGACCUCUAGGUGACAUCAGAGAGGAGGGUGUUAUCCCUUACAUGCCCGAGCUGCCAUUACCUGCUGAAUCUAUUAUCAACUACAACCAGACUCUGCACAGGGUACGCGCAAUCCACACAGCUCCUAGCGGACUUGAGUCAACCUGUUUGGUCUUUAUUUAUGGACUAGAUCUGUUCUACACUAGAGUGGCACCUUCUAAAACCUUUGAUGUGCUAAAAGAAGACUUCGACUAUCUGCUGAUUACUGCAGUGCUGGUGGGACUCAGUGUGGCAGCUUACGCUACAAAACGACUGGCUCAAAGAAAAGCCUUGAAACAGGCUUGGAAAUGAACACAAUCGUUCAUUAAAUUUUCUAGUGACAUCAACAUACUCUCAAUGAAUAGAAUCGUCUAUUCAUUCAUUGACAAGGACUGUAUUUGUGGAACUUUUUAAGGAAAACACGUAGAUAUGGGUUGAAUACUGUUUCCCAAAUAUGAACUCAACGAAUUUAUCCUAGUAAUUGAGUAGGUAGGUGUCAUCAUCCUUUUUCAUCUCAUAUUACUAUCAUAAUCAUAAUAAUUCAUUAUUCCAUUCACAAACAGAUUUAUAUUAUGUAUUGCAUUUAUUAUUAGUGUAUAACACUUCAAGCAUAGCCACCUUUAAUACAUUUUAGAGGUGGCUAUGUAUUAGAGGUGGCUAUGCUUCAAGUCAUUGAUGUAUUCUGCACAUAUUAAAAAUUAUCGUUGCUCUGGUUUUAAUACAUUAUAAAUUACAAGUUAGUCUCACGCCUAUUUUAAUCUCACAUUGGUUGUUGAAAUGCUUUAAAUCUAAAGCUGCGUUUAC